AUGGAAAUGACAGAUCAAAGAGCUUCAUUUUACUCCUCUAACAAUGGAAGCAGAAACAGAUACCUAAAAUUUGAUGAUGAAAGAUUUGGUAAUAGAAAUGUAUCAGGAAAUAUUAAUAAUUCAGCUCAGUCUAUUUUAGAGGAACAAAAUGACCAAUACAUGAUAGACUUGGAGGCAAAAGUUCAGGAUUUGAAGUAUAUUAGUAAUUCAAUGAGACAACAAGUAAAAGAAAGUAAUGAUAUACUUUCAAGCUUAUCUGAAGAAAUGGGUUCAUUUGGAAUUUUGCUAAAAGGUACAAUUAAUAAAAUCAAAACAAUCGGAGGAACAAGUAGCUGGAAACAUAUUUGGAUUAUGACAUUUUUCAUAUUUCUUGUUUUCUUGUUUAUGUAUAUUUUAUUUAAAAGAAACUAG